AUGUGGUUAUUCGCGAUUAAAGUUUGCCUAAUAGUUUUGACUGUAAUAUUGAAUACGUCUGAGGCUGACGAAUGUGGACCAACACUGUGUGACUGUAGUCCUGAAACUUUAACCUACAGAACUACUGAUGGAACCUGCAAUAAUCUUAAUCAUAUCACAUGGGGUGCAGCAGGAAGACCAUAUGAUAGACUUACCUCGGGAUGGUUUGAUGCAGAUGGUAUCUCAAUACCAAAAUCUACUUGUGCCACCAAUCAAGAUCUACCCAGUGCACGAUCAGUGAGAUUAAAGGUUUAUACAGAUGACGAGAUAGCUACAGAUAUGAACCAUACUAGGAAUAUACUCAGCUGUCUAAAAUUUUUUAUCGCAGACAUAGGGAACCUAAAACAAUUUGCGGCUCCUGCUCCAUGUUGCUCAUGUAAUUUCCAACAGUUACCAGAUCCUCCGCCAUACUGCAGUUACAUACCCAUACCAGCCAAUGAUCCUGUAUAUACAGAAGUUGGUGCUAAGUGUAUGGCAGUUAUAAAAGGAAUAUCAAAUCUAGACCUAAAUUGUUCCUAUGCAUAUGGAUCUGGACCAGGUUACAUAUCAACUGCAACUUUUUGGAUGGAUAUGUCGCAGUUAUAUGGUUCGUGUGAUGCUGAAAAUAGUGCCGUGAGGAAAUUUAAACUAGGUGAACUAAACUUGGAGAACAGAAAUGGUAAUUACUAUUAUAAAAAUGCUACAAGCAGAACGCAAUGUGCCAUCCCCCCUGGAACUGAUGAAAUUUGCUAUGCGACUGCGGAUCCCAAUGGUAACAGGUUGCCAGAUUUUACAGCAUUUUUAACAGUAGCUGCCAGAGAGCAUAAUAGAAUGGCAAAUAUUCUUAGAAAUAUUAAUACAUGUUGGGAUGAUGAAAAAAUCUACCAGGAAGCCAGACACAUUCAUAUUGCUGUAUACCAGCACAUUAUGUUUUAUCAAGUAUUGCCUUUUGUUUUGGGAAAACAAAAUAUGAUAGAUGCUGGAUUAAUAUAUCCAUAUAGUGCGUGUUCCAAUGACUAUGAUCCAAAUUGUAGCCCUGAUUUAGCUAUCGAAUUCUCUCAUGGUGCUAUGAAAGGUUUGCAUACGAUGGGGAGAGGAAGAGUAGUGUAA